AUGAUAAUGUUGUAUGCCAUGCAGCACAACAUGCUAACUAGAACACAUGGAAGUCUGGCAGCUGCAGAUGUGGGUGAACUACACCAAGAUCCCCAGAUGUCUGAAGACGACAUUCCACAGGUAUCAGAGGAAGUUCAUGAGGACACAAUGAAAACAGGACCAGGAUUUGCGCCCUGUGCAUUGAGUGGAUGCACAAGCUUGAGGAUCAGUGGAUGGAGAGAGGUCAUUAUCAAGAUUUUAUUGGUACUUACCUUCACUGGAAAUGUCUCUGUAUGCGCAUCUGUAUCUGUUCAAGCAAACACAACUUCUGCAUCUGUGUUAAAUAAUGUGCCAGAGCUGCUGGAUAAUCGCACAUUUUUCGCUUUGAACAUCAUGCAACCAUAUUGCCUGCAGUCAGAAUGUUUUCCCCUGUCUUGUGAUGAAAUCUACAAUCAAGGGCAUCGUAAGAACGGUGUUUAUCAAAUCUAUCCAGCAGGACCGUAUACUCCAGUAAAUGUUUAUUGUGACAUGAAAACCGAUGGAGGAAGGUGGACAGUGUUUCAGAAGAGGAAGGAUGGAAGUGUAGACUUCUAUCGAAACUGGAAUGCUUACAAGUCUGGAUUUGGAGUGGCUGAUGGAGAAUACUGGCUAGGUCUGGAAAACAUUUUCCUUCUAACACUGAAGAGACUAUUUGAAUUAAGAGUUGACUUAGAAGAUUUUGAGAGAAACAAAGUUUUUGCCAAAUAUGCACAGUUUUCCAUCUCAUCAAUGGCAAUUAAUGGUGAAGAAGAAGGUUACAGACUGUUUGUGACUGGAUUUACAGAUGGAGGAGCAGGUGACGCCUUAACUGGUAUGAGUGGUGCAAAAUUUUCUACCUACGACCAUGACCAGGAUUCAUCUUCUGGAAACUGUGCUUCACAAUACUCCGGAGCUUUUUGGUAUACUUCCUGUCACUGUGCCAAUCUUAAUGGUCGUUAUUUAACAGGAAGCCAUGUGUCAUAUGCCAAUGGUGUCAACUGGUGUAAAUGGAAGGGAUAUUAUUAUUCUGUCAAAAUCAGUGAAAUGAAGAUGCGACAAGUUCAUUAGUUCCAAUUAAAUGCUUAGAAAAUGUACUAUGGAUGUAUAUCUCUAUGAUAAAUGUAUACAGCCAUACUUAACAAAAAAAUUGAUUGUUUUUCUUGAGUUUUGUUUUAUUGCUCAGCUGUUAAAUAAAAGACAAUGCCAUGAUUAUUUCAACUAUUUCAAAGUGUAGCCAAUUUUUCCUGAACAACUUCUGAUAAGCAAAUGAUGGCAACCACUAGCUGUUGUCAUGGUGACAUUUAUACUUAAUGUAAAGCAAAUCAAUGCAAUGUCUGUUGAUAAGGGAAGGAAGUUUUUUCUGCUCACAUUUGUUUUUACAUUUCAAAUAUACAAUGAAAAAAGUGGCUCAAAAUUAAAAUAUUCUUUAAUGACUUACAAUUCAUGACAGAUUUUCAUUUUAAUGGGAAAAGCAAAGUAAAACUUUUGUGUUUAAGUGCACGCAGGUAACCAAAGAAUAGUAGUUUAAACACAUGACUUGUAUUUAAGGAACAGAUCUUUUGAAACAUACCUUAAUAUUUAGGUCUAUGCUUAUUUAAAACAUCAGCCAUGUAACUAACAAUUGUAAUAACAAAUACUAUAAUCCUUUUGGUUUAAUUGAUAAGCAAAGUAUUUCCAUCCAAAAGCAUAACUUUGAAAUGUUGAAACUACGUAUUUAGUUUUGACAGGUUAAUUUAUGACAAUCUGUCAUGAAUUUAUGUCUGCCUUAAAAAGAAACUAAACAAGUUUUGACUUGCGCAUAUCUCUGCAUAAAGGCUUGAUUGUAGAAUUUUUGUAUUAACUUGAAAAAAUCAUGUAUAUUUUUUAAAAC